AUGUCUUGGAAUAUAAGGGGGUUGAACCGUCCCCUGAAACAAAGUGAGGUUCGUGAGAUUGUGGCUGAAAAUAAGUUAGAUUUGUGUGCUAUUCUUGAAUCGCAUGUGGAGGUUAGCAAGUUGGCUAAAGUAUGUAAGUUUGUUUUUCGGAAUUGGAAUUGGACUUCAAACGGUAGUGCUUGUAGUCGUGGUACGAGGAUUAUUUUGGGUUGGAACGCUGAUAAUAUAGAUGUUAUGGUUAUUGCCCAAACCGAUCAGAUUAUGCACACUCAGGUGAUGUUUAAAGCGACCAAAAAAGUUGUGUUUUGUUCACUUGUUUAUGCUGAAAAUAAAUACCAAGAUCGUAGAGUACUGUGGGAGGAUAUCUGUAAACAUAAGGCGUUGUGUCAUGACAAGCCGUGGGUAGUCAUGGGGGAUUUCAACUCGGUGCUGAAUUUUGAUGAUGCGCUAUAUGGUACAUCGAAACAAACUAUUGGAAUGCGGGAGUUCAAUGAUUGCGUUCAACAGGCUGAAUUGAUGGACAUUAAUGCUCAUGGUUUGCAGUAUACGUGGAACCAAAAACCAAAGAGUGGAGUGGGUCUUUUGAAGAAGAUAGAUCGUAUAAUGGGUAACGUAAAUUUCUUGGAUCAGUUUCCGUCUGCAUACGCGAUGUUCCACCCUUUUAGAGUCUCGGAUCACACGCCUUGUAUUCUAAAAGGGCUGGGUUCCAAUGUGCAUCGGCCAAGACCAUUCAAAUUCCCGAAUUUUAUUGCGUCAAAACCGGAAUUUAAGGAAGCUGUUCAGAUGGAAUGGAUGAAUAGAAUUGACGGGAUCACUAUGCUCUCGGUUGUCAAGAAGCUGAGAAAUUUAAAGCCAAAGCUGAGAAAAAUCUUAUUUAACCAAGGUAACCUGCAUGAUAAGGUUAACGAAUUGCGUAAAAAAUUAGAUGAUUUGCAGAUCCAGAUGGACCGUGAUCCACUGGAUGGUCAGCUGCGCCAAGUGGAAGCCCAAUGUUUGAAAGAUUUCCAACAAGCUGCAUACGACGAAGAAUGCUUUCUUAAGCAGAAGUCUAAGGUAGAUUGGUUGUGUGCUGGGGAUUCUAAUACAAAAUUCUUUCAUAACAUCGUGAAGUCCAAAAAUGCUAGAGUGAAAAUUCAUAGCGUAGUUGACGGGUGGUCCUUUGGACAACCCUUAAGCAUGUUAAAAGAUAAAAUAAUCCUCCAAUUAGCCGUGUAA